AACCAAAAAGACUAUCUUUCUUUCAUUUAGUACUUGCAUGCAGAUAAUUAAGUGACUACACUGAAUCUCAGUUUGAUAACUCACAUACCAUGGAGAUAUCACAAAGUUGGAGCAAAAUUAGUCCUCAGCUCCAUAGCUCACACUCUUUGGAGAUUUCACAAGGAGAAAGAGGGCAUCUACUAGCAGUGGAAAUGAAUGAUAUUAAAGGUGCAGCAGAAACUAAGAUUGAGAUUAGGGGACUGAACAAGGUAUCAGAUAAGGGUGAUUCUAUACUGAAGAGUGUUAGAGUUGACAUACCAAGAGGAGUAAUCAUGGGGAUUAUUGGCCCCAGUGGUAGUGGAAAAUCAACAAUUUUACGAGCACUAAACCGAUUAUGGGAACCCCCUAAGAACACUGUUUUUCUGGAUGGUACUGAUAUUUGUGAUCUGGAUGUGCUCUGUCUUCGUCGUAAAGUUGGCAUGCUGUUCCAGCUUCCAGUUCUCUUUGAAGGUACAGUGGCAGAUAAUAUACGCUACGGCCCAAAACUCAAGGGAAAGAAACUAAGUGAUAAUGAGGUUUACAAGUUGCUGACUUUAGCAGAUUUAGACUCAUCUUUCUUCAACAAGUCAGGUGGGGAACUAUCAGUUGGUCAAGCACAGAGAGUUGCACUUGCUAGGACCUUAGCUAAUGAACCAGAGGUUCUGCUCCUGGAUGAGCCAACUAGUGCAUUAGAUCCAAUAUCAACACAGAAUAUUGAGGAUGUUCUAGUAAAGCUGAAGAAGGAUCAGAUGAUGACAGUUGUGAUAGUUUCUCAUAGCAUCAAGCAAAUACAGAGAAUAGCUGAUAUAGUGUGCCUGUUGGUUGAUGGGGAAAUUGUGGAAUUUAUAAAGCCUGAUCAACUCUCUGAAGCUAAGCAUCCCAUGGCACUUAGAUUUCUUCAACUCAGCUCCUAGUGUUUUUUACCCGAAAAGUUGAACCAGGGACAAGGAAAAUACCUCGUGGCACAAACUAGCGGAGAAGCCUGAUAAUGGUUAGCAAGAGAGAUUCAAGUCACCAAAAAAUCGAAGAAUCCCAACCCAUUCGAGUGAUCCAGUGUUAACUGGGGUUAAUUUAGCUGCUGAAACUACGUGUAGAAAUACAUUUUAAUGAAAAAAGUAUUUUAAAUUGCAAA